AUGACGACUCCUGGUGUCCCUGUCGACCUGUAUUCGUACUGCCUGCUCCUGCAGAGCGAAAUUACUCGCCUCACCGACUGUCUAGACCGCCUUGAGUAUGGUACGCCUGCUCCACCCCCUGCUCCCCCUUCCCCUGGUCCUACAUUCCAUGGUGUCUGGGACGGCACUCGCUGGGUUCUUCCAACAGUCCCGGCCCCUACCCCUGCUGUCAUUGCUGCUGCCCACACUUCUAUACCACUUGCCGAAACCUUCCCUCCUACUGCGCCUGACACUGUCACGCGCUUCCCUUUGUACGCUUGUGGUGCCUGA